CCGCGCAGUGCGAGAGGAGGAGGUUUGUCCGCCGCGGGCCGCCGUGUGCCGGGUGUGCUCUGCUGCCGCCUCUCUCGCUGCCGGAUCGGCCCGCGCUGUGCCCGCCCGGCCCCGCCAUGAGCGACAGGGCCGAGCUAGACCUCACCGGCGCCAAGCAGAACACGGGCAUGUGGCUGGUGAAGGUCCCCAAAUACCUGUCACAACAGUGGAAUAAAGCUUCAGGAAGAGGUGAAGUGGGAAAACUAAGGAUUGUCAAAAAUCAAGGAAGAACGGAAGUGUCAUUUACUUUGAAUGAAGAGCUUGCAAGCAUCAAUGAUAUUGGAGGAAAACCUGCUUCAGUCAGUGCACCAAGGGAACAUCCAUUUCUUUUGCAAAGUGUGGGAGGACAGACCUUAACUGUGUUCACAGAAACUCCAGUAGAAAGCCAAUCAGAAGAAAAAUCGGAAAGUGGCAGUGCUGAUAAACUUGCCUUGGAAGGAAUAGUGGUGCAACGUGCUGAAUGCAGACCUGCAGCUAGUGAAAAUUAUAUGAAGCUGAAAAGAUUACAGAUAGAAGAAUCUUCUAAACCUCUAAGGCUAUCACAACAGCUGGACAAAGCUGUAACCACGAACUAUAAACCAGUGGCUAACCAUCAAUAUAAUAUUGAAUAUGAGAAGAAGAAGAAAGAAGAUGGAAAACGAGCUCGAGCUGAUAAACAACAAGUGUUGGACAUGCUUUUUUCAGCCUUUGAGAAACAUCAGUAUUACAACAUCAAAGACCUGGUGGACAUAACCAAACAGCCUGUGAUAUACUUGAAAGAAAUUUUGAGAGAAAUAGGCAUCUACAAUGUGAAGGGGACCCACAAAAACACAUGGGAGCUGAAGCCAGAAUACAGACACUACCAAGGAGAAGAAAAGAGUGAUUAACAAAAAAAUUUCAGACCAAGAGAGAAUUACAGUGAUUGCACUGAGGGAACUGUGGUGGAUUUACAGACAGGACUGAGCACAGUGCAAUUAUGCAAGGAUAAAGAUAAAUUAAAGCAGCUGAUACUUUGUCAUUUUCUGUAGUUCUUUUCCCAAGGAAUAUUUCUUGUAUGUUUCUAUAACUGCGUUCUCUUUUGACAGGAAAAAAAUGUUUAUAGAAUAAACUUGUAUUAGAUUUAUCCUUA